AGACUUCUUUGUCUUUAACAGUUUGUGUUGAUGCCGCCCCUUUAAUACUUAACUGUCUUGAAAUCUUCCAGCGACAGACUACUUUCAGCGCAUGCUCCCGUUACUCAUCUGGAGUUUAUUUUCCCAGCUCUCCCUCCAUUCCUUAUUUCAUAUCGGCAACCACUGAUCCUCACUCAUGUUAAAUUCCAGCUAGGUUAGCCAUUGAAGAAGGAAAUAUUCCUGUAUGAAACAAGUCAGUGAGUGUUUUCUAAGCAUGAGGGCAAAUUUAACUAAAAGCUUAUGAUCUCAGUCCUCAGAGUCACUUUAAUAAUACAAAUCUUGCUGUCUCAUUGUAUCAGCGGCAGCACAUCUUGCUUUUGAGCAAUAUUCCCUCCUCCUCCAUCUUUAUGUUCCCCUCUCCUCCCUCUCUCUCUCUCUCUCUCUCUCUUCUCUCAUCUUCUGUUUCACAUCCGACCACCUCGUCGCUCAUGGGCCCUCUUCCCUCUCCGCACGCUUCUCUUUUUUCCUCAGAGCCUUCAGCCGGUGGAGCGCUGGGUCCGACCCUCGGCCUCAUGAAGUCCAGCUCCCUGGAGAGCCUGCAGACAGCCGUAUCGGAGGCCGAGCAGAGCCGCAUCAAAGCCCACGUGCCCUUCCACCGCCCUCGGCCGCACGUGGUCCGGGGACGCGGAUGCAACCAGAGUUUCCGCAUCGCCAUCGACAAGUCUUACGACGGACCUUCAGAAGACGACGACGACUUCUCAGAGCAGAGCUCCGGUCAGGAAACACCAGCCAGCAGCUCCUCUCGCUACGGCCUGGACGCAGAGGACGGAGACACGAAGAAGAAGAAAACCAAAGGGAAGAAGAAAGAGAAGAAGCCUAAAGGGAAGAAGAAGACGGAUGAUUCUGCAGAGGAUUUCGAGAAGAAGACCAAAAAGAAAGGGUUUAACCUCCUAAGGUUUGGAAAGAAGAAAGACGCCAAAGCCGCUAAAGGUAAACUGGAGGCCCUGAGUGAGGAGGAGCUGGACAGGAUCCCUGACACCAGGGGCAGCUACGAUCCACGUUACGCCGAGAUCCUCUCCAACCACCUCGCCCCCACCGACGCCACCUCCUUCCCCGACGUGGAAGACGACGACAGCGACCCCAACUACGCCCGCAUCAGCAACUUCCGCCCGCCGCCGUCACCUCAGUCGUUUAUCAGCCGCACGCCCUCUCCUGCGGCGCUGACCGGAGGUUCCAACCAGCUCCGGGCAUCAUCGGAGGAUCUGGACGGGCUCUACGCCAAGAUCAACAAGACCAGACCUCCGCCUGCUCAACAGAACCAGCUGCAAACACCGGCGGACAGCGAUCCGCGUCUCCAGGGGCCGAGGAGAGAGUACCAGCAGGCCCGAGCUGCUCCAGGCUACGAGGAGCUGGAAGCAGCACGACGCAGAGUCCUGGAGAACGACCCGAACCGGAUGGCGCCCAGAGGAGCCGAAUCUCGUCCUGCGAGAGUCUUUGAAGACGCGGACCGACAGUACGGCACACAGCCCAGGAGGGAUCCGUAUGAUUACCCUACCCACUCCAGACCUGUACCAAGAGAGCCGGCCCCCCAGUACCAGGACCCCAAUGUUUCAAGCCGUGUACCGCCCCACCAGGUCCAAAGCAACCAGCGCUACUACCCUUCAUCUCCCCUCCCCGGGCAGCACCGCGCCGCAGUGAGGCAGGACGUCCCUCCUUCGCCCAGCGACGGCCGCAGGGGGCGCCAGUACUACGAGGCCGCCGGAGGCCGAGGAGACGGAUACCGGCAGGCCAGCCCCGGACGCUACAUCAGCCCCGAGAGGAACCGCGUCACCAGCCCGGAGCGCUACGGAGACGAGCGACAGCCCGAUCCUCGGAGGAAGAACCCCAUGAUAGGUGCAGUUUGAGGUAGAGCAGCCAAGUCACACCAAGAAAAGAGAAACUCAUAAGAACACUAUGGAGACAUGAACGACCUUUAUGUGAAUGAAUCUGAUCAGGAGCCAUUAGAGCGAGUAGGAUGCUACAUGAGGCUUCUUAUUUUCAGAGGUAAGGCUACAAUGAACAAGCUGAAGGACUUUUUGUACAUAGACAAAUGAGCUCAUGUUUAUAACUACAGGCAGGAUUUAUCAUGUAGAGCUGAUAUUAAAUGAAAGGCAGUUCCUGCGUCUCCAUAGCAACGUAAUUUAAACUUGUAUAGAUGAACUCUAUUCCAGCACACAGGGCGGCCACGCUUCUUCUUGCACAAGCUGGUCAAACUACAGGAAGUUUAGAGGGAUCGCCUCGAGGGGAGUCACAGGAAGCUGGAGUGGACAAACAGGAAAAGGAAGUAACACUCCUGUGAAGUAUCUGACUUCCUGUAUGUCCUGCGAUCACACUUUGGUCUCUGGUUUUAUUUGUUGUCUUUUUGAUUAUUUGGAAGUGGAUGAACAAUUUACUGUAUAUGUGUGAAACGUAUCAAUUUAAAUAUGUACGACAAAGCAUGAGAGCCACAUUAAAGACAUGAAAACAGAGAUUUUCAAAAUAAAGUCAGGAGUUUAUAUUAAAGUUGGAAAUUACUGGAGAAGAAGUUGUGAAGUUGUAAUAUUAAGAGAAUCAAGUUUUAUGUUUAUGAGAAAAGAAGACAAAAAUAAAGCGGUCAUAUUAAAGUCUUACAUUUUAUUUUGAAAGGGGAUAUCAAAGAGCAGUCGGCUUAUAUUCACUCAUUUUAACUUAACUUCACAUGAUGCCCCGUGUUCCUCGAUUCAGCACAGACGAUAGACGGCUCCAGAUAUUCUCCUUCAGAAUUACUUUGAGGACUUUAUUCUCAUAAUUUGUGUGACGUCAUCUCCAAGUCUUAUAACUUUCUCCUCAUAAUUUGAGAAUUUUAACCUCAUAAUCAUGUGACUUUAUUAUCAUAGUAUUUGGAAUAUUUAUCCCACUAAUGUCACGACUUUGUCUUGUAUUUGGAGGAUUUUAUUCCCUCAAUCUGCAGACUUUAUUCUCAUCACUUUAUGAAUUAAUCUCCAAAUCUGACAACUUUCUCCUCACGUUAUUCACAUAAUUUAACAUUUUUGACUUUAUAAUCUCCUGACUUUAUUCUCUUUAUAUUACGGCUUAAUUCUCAUAGCAUCAGGACUAUUUUCUAUUAAAUUAACAACUUUAAUCUUGUUGUUUUAUAAUUUAUUUCUCCAACGCAGCGACUUCAUUCUUGUUAGUUUAAGAACUUUAUUCUCUUAAAUGUAGGUCUUUAUACUCGUGAUACCUCCACUUCUUUACUGUUUACUUCACAACUUAAUUCAUGUAAUUCUAUAAUUUAUUAUUCAAAUGAAACCAACUUUAUUCUCUGAUUAUUACGACUUGAUUCUGGAAAUCCUGUCCCCUGUUUUUGUCUCUAAAAUGUCUCUGAUGGUGUGUUGUAAAGAAACCCUUUGUGAUGUUUUUGAACAUGAAACAUGGAAUGUUUGAAUCAACAAAGACGCAGCACAUCGAAUCAAAAGCAGUUUCACAUUUUAACCUUUGACAUGUCGUCACCAGAUUCACUGCACUGAACACGAACUGAGCGGUGCUUUGAUUUCAGCAUGCUGUCACAUAAACUCGGGAUUUUUUUUAUACACAUAUUUUGCAUUAAAAGUCUUGAAAGCCUGA